AUGAGAUACGAUCUCCUUCUAGCUGCCAGUGCUACUCUGGCACUUGCAGUGCCUCAGGGCAUCUCCAAGCGUGCUCCAGGCUUCGUUUGGUUCGGAGCAAGCGAGUCUGUUGCAGAGUUUGGCCAGGGGAAACUUCCUGGUGUGCUAGGAACCGAUUACUACUGGCCCGAUCAUUCGGCCAUCCAGACUCUCUACGAUGGUGGCAUGAACAUCUUCCGAGUGCCAUUUUUGAUGGAGCGGUUGAUCCCCAACUCAAUGACUGCUAGCCCGGAUGCAGCCUAUCUCAAGGGUCUUACAGACACUAUCAACUUCAUCACCUCCCUCGGUGCGCAUGCCAUUGUCGACCCGCAUAACUAUGGACGCUACUAUGGCCAAGUCAUCACCUCGACGAGCGACUUCAAGGCGUUCUGGACGACUGUUGCCAAGCAGUUUGCAUCAAAUGACAAGGUUAUCUUUGAUACCAACAACGAGUUCAACACCGAGGACCAAUCGACUGUCUACGACAUGAACCAGGCCGCCAUCGACGCCAUCCGAGCUGCCGGCGCAACCUCACAAUACAUCUUCGUCGAAGGAAACUCCUGGACCGGCGCCUGGACCUGGGUCAGCGUCAACUCGGGAUUGGCCAACCUGACCGACCCCCAGAACAAGAUCGUCUACGAGAUGCACCAAUACCUCGACUCUGACGGUUCCGGUACCUCGGGCACCUGCGCCAGCUCCACCAUCGGCAAGGAGCGCGUCACAUCCGCAACCCAAUGGUUGAAGGACAACAACAAGCUCGGUUUCCUGGGCGAGUUCGCCGGCGGUGCCAACUCUGUGUGCGAGAGUGCCAUCACUGGUAUGCUCGACUACAUGCAAGCCAACAGUGACGUCUGGCUGGGCGCUUCCUGGUGGGCUGCCGGACCGUGGUGGGGCAAUUAUUUCGCCUCCAUGGAGCCGCCAUCAGGAGCGGGAUACACUUAUUACUACAAGAUCCUGUCGAACUAUUUCCCUGGUAAGAGCACUGGCGGCGGCUCGACGACUACCACUACGACUGCCCCUGCUACAACGACCACUAAGGCGCCUGUCACUACUACCACCACCACCACGACCGCCCCUGCUACCACUACUGCGACUGGAGGCGCGACUGCUGCACACUGGGCUCAGUGCGGCGGAGUUGGAUAUUCGGGACCCACGGUGUGUGCCAGUCCGUAUACCUGCAAGGUGCAGAAUGACUACUACUCGCAGUGUCUGUGA